AUUAUUGUGUCAAAGCAGAUCACCAUCGUCUCGUUGUUAAUUAGCCUCCUCCCCAAGACAACAAUUAUCUAUCACUCCCUCAGCUCCAGCCCGCUUCCCCUCCCCCGCAUUGUAGAACGCCCCCACAUCACCACCACCACCACCACACUUACAAGUCGCAAUCACAAUCAUGGCGGACACUCAGACAGAGAUCCAGGCCAAGGUAAAACGGGUCCUCCAGGGAACUCCAUUCUCCCCAGAGUCUCUUAAGCAACUCAGUGGCGGCACCGCAAACUUCAUCUACCACGCCGUCCUCGAGAAGCCGCUUCCCGAGUACCCUCAUGGCGUAGUUGUUAAACAAGGCGAGGCCUAUGUCGCGACCAACCCCAGCUUUCCACUAGCUACUUCUCGAUGUGCCAUUGAGCAGCAGUGUUUAGCACAUCUCGCCGAGCUCCCUGCCGCUUCUACUGCAUCCUCGUCCAUCAGUACUCCCGCUGUCUACCACUUUAACCAAGAGAGCAACACCCAGGUUCAGGAGUACCUCGUCAAUGCUGUGAGCCUUAAAGCGUUUGCUCUCGAGCACUAUGCCGCCCCGACCCCGGUGUCCCUCAAGCCCCAGUGCCAGCAACUUGGCCACGGACUCGGCGCCUGGCUCCGCUCGUUCCACAGCUGGAGCGAACAGCCCGAGCAGGCAGAUCUGCGCGAGAAGCUCGCAGGCAACAAGGAGAUGCAAUCUCUCAAGAACAUGGUAAACUACAAGCAGCUCGUGCAGAUGGCGGAUCGCCACCCGACAAUUCUCGGCGACGUUAAGUCUGACCUGCAGGACAUUUGCAACAUGACUGCCACCGAGUUGGUAGACGAGGCAGCCCUGUACGUCAUCCACGGUGACUUCUGGACCGGCAAUGUUUUGCUGCCUAACGAGGCGAUCCAGGAGGGGGCGCAGACCCCUGUGAGGAUCAUCGACUGGGAGCUCGCUCAGCUGGGCGUGCGGCCAUUGGACUUGGGCCAGAUGAUCGCCGAGCUCUGGCAGCUGAAGCUGUACAAGGAUAUCGACGCGGGGGACUGGCUCAUCGAGGCCUUUGCGGGCGGCUACGGCAGUCUCAGUUCCGACGAUGCCUUCCGUGCCAUCAUCCAUGUCGGUGUCCACCUAAUCUGCUUCGGGUCUCGGACUCCCGGCUGGGGUACUCCGGAGCAAGGCGUUGAGUUGGUUGAGACGGGCAAAGAGGUAUUGCUCAAGGCUUGGGGGAAGGAUCGGGAAUGGUUCAAGGGACAUGUCCUUGGCUCGCUUUUUAGUACUUCCCAUUAGACUCAUCCAAAUCCGAUACAUUUUUCCGGAUGCGGGAUGGAAAUGUUUAGCGGAUGCCUUUGGGAAAUAGAGAUGCAUUCAGUUGUAAUGCCUGGUGAAUGCUGUCUAGACGGGUAUACAUAGAGGCAACUAAAUUAGCAACAAAUGCACAGCAACAUAAUACACUAUUCCCGCCAAGAAACUUCAAGUCCAAUGGCGAGUGUUUCUGUAUUA